AUGAUCACCCGAUUCCUCACAGAAGUCCGCGUUGCGUUCAACCCCUUCAGUCCUCGUUCGAAGCCUGCGAGGUUAUUCCUUUCGCUCAUCCCCGCCGAUGCGCGCGCCAAUGGCAUGACUGUUCAAUCGAAGAUGUUGCCUCGGACAAGCAAGGAGAGUGCGACAUUAGGUGUAAAGUUCAAGGACGGCAAGGAGAUGAACCUCGACCUGAGCAACAUGCGGAUAACAGAAGUUAUGGAGCAGGUGGACCGACACUCGCGAAUGCUGGCACGAAAGGAGGAAUUGUCAGGCAACUAAGGCAUUUGGCAGAUACCACCCACAGCUGUACGAACAUGUAUAUCAGAAGCAUCAUAUGGAGUCACGGUACAGGCUGGAGGUAUUCGAUGUGAGGAUGAUGAUCACUUUUGGAUGAAUCUAUGUCAUUUGGCCAACAACAGGCUUUUACCAACCACGGUUCAAGGGUUCGCGAUAUGAUACACGAUCGUCUUCCAGUUGAGCCGUCCACGCUGACCGUGAAGGUCUUCACUGAUUCCAGACGUCUAGCUGGAGGGGGCACCAGAGAUGUAGAACCACUUGUCGAUGCUGGGGUCGAUAGGAGCAGG